AUGGAAGCUGUUCCGAAUUCCUUCUCACUUGAAGCGGUUCCGCGGCCGAUUAGCAACCAGAGGUCGGCAAAUCCGCAGCCGGCAACACUCCUGCCCCCCGCCACCCCCAAUGCCACCGCCAACCUGCAACGGAAGCGCACCAAGUCCACCAAUAAGAUCGAUGCCGUUGGUGUCCCCCCGGGGUUUGAGCGGCCUCGUAAUCCCAACGAGGACAUUAUUUGGCUGACUGACACUUGUGGUGGUGAUUUCAAGAGCUGGGCCUAUGCACUUCAGGGCUCGACGACGCAGCCGGCAACACUCCUGCCCCCCGCCACCCCCAAUGCCACCGCCAACCUGCAACGGAAGCGCACCAAGUCCACCAAUAAGAUCGAUGCCGUUGGUGUCCCCCCGGGGUUUGAGCGGCCUCGUAAUCCCAACGAGGACAUUAUUUGGCUGACUGACACUUGUGGUGGUGAUUUCAAGAGCUGGGCCUAUGCACUUCAGGGCUCGACGACGGUCAUCUGUUUUUUUGCGACACACAUAAGGAGAGUAACGCCACCAUUUCCCGCACGAACUGGGAUUGCUCAGCUUACACCCGGCACGAGGCCUCCUACUCCCACAAAGCGGCUGUAG